GAUCUUCUGUCGAUUCGUGAUGAGCGAACAAAAUUUUUAGAAACGAAGCGUGAAAGUUUAGAGCGUGAUCAAGAAAGACUAAAGGCAUCAAGAAAAACAUUAGAAGAUAAUACGGCAAAAUUUGCUGAAACG